AUGCAGAUUUUUGUGAAGACCCGGAAGGGCAAGACCAUCAUCGAGGUCGAGCCCAUUGACACCAUCGAGAAUGUCAAAACCAAAAUCCAAGACAAGGAGGGCAUCCCACCUGAUUGGCAGUGCCUGAUAUUUGCCAGCAAACAAUUGGAGGACAGUCGGACUCUCUCUGACUACAACAUCCAAAAAGAGUCCACCCUGCACCCGGUGCUUCGCCAUCCAGGUGGGUUCACCGAGCCGUCCCUGCGCCAGCUCGCCCAGAAGUACAACUGGAACAAGACGAUCUGCCGCAAGUGCUAUGCCCGCCUGCUCCCCUGUGUUGUCAACUGCCACGAGAAGUGUGGCCACACCAACAACCUGCACCCCAAGCAGAAGGUCAAGUAA